UUCCAACUUGGUCAAUUCACUGCCAACUUUCGUCGGCGUCGGUUUGUCAGCAGCGUAUUUGACGUUCUCCGUUUUGGUUUGGUUGUUCCCCUCGUUUCAAUUAGAAGUGUGAAUUCAAGUGCAAUUGUAGCGUCCAAGAUGAAGUUAUUCGUCGCUUUGGCUGUGCUCGUCGUCGGGGCCCUAGCCUCGGAAGGCCCUAAAGUCACUGAUAAGGUCUUUUUUGACAUCAGCAUCGGCGGCAAACCGGAAGGCCGCAUUGUGAUUGGACUUUUCGGAGGUACCGUGCCGAAAACCGCUAGGAACUUCAAAGAACUGGCCGAAAAGACCACCGUUGGCGAGGGCUACAAGGGCAGCAAAUUCCACCGGGUGAUCCGCGACUUCAUGAUCCAGGGUGGCGACUUUACCCGUGGCGAUGGAACCGGAGGCCGUUCGAUCUACGGCGAGCGAUUCGCCGAUGAGAACUUCAAGCUGAAGCACUAUGGCGCCGGAUGGCUGUCGAUGGCCAACGCCGGAAAGGACACCAACGGAUCGCAGUUCUUCAUCACCGUAAAGCAAACGAGCUGGCUUGAUGGGCGCCACGUCGUUUUCGGCAAGGUCAUCGAGGGUAUGUCGGUGGUGCGCAAGAUCGAAAGCACCAGCACCGAUGGACGGGAUCGGCCGACGCAGGACGUCGAGAUCACCAACUCCGGAUCGCUGCCGGUCGAUGCUCCGUUUGCCGUGGAGAAGAGCGACGCCACCGAUUAAAGUGGGCGUCGUGGGAUGUCGGUGAACAAAACUACAAAAUAAAGUAAAAAAAACUUCCACACGAGUGCAUUUAAUGUGAUGAUAAAGCGUAAAAUAAAGGAAAGAGUGUGAAAUUUAUAAAUAA